GCGGAAGUUAGCUCGCAUGUCAUUUUGACAGGGAUACCCAGUCGCUUCUUUCCCUCCAUUAAAGCUGACAUUUUACGAGGUAUGGAGCAUACGGAGAAAAGAGACUUGCUACAGAGCAGGCUGCUGUGAUUUAACGAGAUUGCUAGGUUUACAAAAUGCGACGAAGGUUACACGUCGAUUCCACGGUUCCUCCGGGACACCAACACAGCAGUCCUCAGGCUUCCCAGCAAAGUUCUCAGGGGCCCGGGGCCUCAACUUCAGCAAGAAUGCAUCAAGGCGACGUCAACCCACCAGCUCAUACCCAUGAACACGACACCACGUCGAGCACUGGUGAAUUCAGUGUUAAGGAUGUAAAUCGCAUGUUGAUGGAGUUUCUCAUGUACCUGGGGAGAAUAGUCCUUGUUUGUUACCCUAUUUACUUGAUGGGCUGGCUUGGAUUAAGCAUCAGCUGGAUUUUGCUGGCCCUGUUGCUGUUUAUCAUGUGGAAGAACAACCGCAAGUGGAAGGAUGUGCGAAUGGACACCGCUGUGAACUUCUUGGAGAAUGAGAGGCGGGUGAUAGACAAAGAAUAUGAGACCAUUUUGCCUGCAUGGAUUGCUUUUACAGACAUUGAGAAGGCUCAUUGGAUUAACAAGAUUCUCCAGCAAGCAUGGCCGUUUUUUGGCAUGUACAUGGAGAAGCUUCUGAAAGAGAGUAUUCAGGCUACCGUUCGAUCAUCAAGUCCACAUCUGAAAACAUUCGCCUUCACCAAGGUCCAUUUUGGUCAGAAGCCUCCCAGGAUCACUGGAGCAAGGGUUUACACACAUGAGGUGGAUGAGAGAGAGGUUGUUCUGGAUCUCAACAUAGUAUAUGACGGAGAUGUGGACAUUGACGCACAUGUGAAGGCUGGCAUUGAUGCAGGUGUGAAAGGCCUUCAGAUGGAAGGAAUGCUGCGUGUGAUCCUAGAACCUCUCAUUGGCCAAGCCCCAUUAGUGGGUGGAGUCACAAUGUUUUUCAUCCGCCGCCCGACAUUGCAGGUUAACUGGACUGGAGUUACCAAUCUCCUAGACUCUUCUGCAUUUAGCUCCCUCUCUGAAUCAGCUAUUUUAGACAUCAUCGCUUCUCUCAUGAUUCUGCCCAACCGCAUGUGCAUACCACUCAUAGACCAAGUGAAAGUGGACCAAAUGAGAUUUCCUUUGCCACGAGGUGUGGUGCGGGUCAGGCUUCUGGAGGCCAGAGAUCUGAUGGCCAAGGACACCUACAUGUUGGGGCUGAAGAAGGGCAAGUCAGAUCCCUACGCCAUAUUGCGGGUCGGCAACACCCACCACAAGAGCAAGACCAUCAAGGAAAACCUAAAUCCACGCUGGGACGAAACAUAUGAGUUUGUGGUCCAUGAGGCCCCAGGACAGGAGCUGGAGAUAGAUCUGUUCGAUGAGGACACAGACAAGGAUGACUUCCUGGGAAGCAUUCGUUUGGAUUUUGGCGAAGUGAAGAGAGAGAAGCAAAUGGAUGAGUGGUUUAAACUGGACAAUGCGAAGACAGGCGAGCUGCAUCUGGAGUUGCAGUGGCUGUCACUGCAGACGGACCCAGGCCUACUGGCAAAGACACCCAAAGGCUGUGCUUGUGCCAUGCUUGCAGUUUACCUGGACAACGCUUCCAACCUGCCUAAAGACCACAGUGAAUUCAGCGAUUGUGACAAGCACGGAAAGCACGGCAAGGAGGGCCGGCUGACAAGAAGGAAGAACAAUCCAAAUUCCUUAGUAGAAUUCUCAGUGGACGAGCAGACCCAGCACAGCAAGAUCGUGUAUGCAUCCAAAGACCCAACAUGGGAGGAGGGUUUCACAUUCUUUGUGCACAAUGUGCAUAACCAAGUGCUGAAUGUCCAGGUCAAGGAGCCUGAUAAGAAGUCUGUGCUGGGCACGCUGACUCUGCCCCUGACGCGGCUAAUGAACACCUCGGACCUAGUCAUGGAUCAGCGCUUCCAGCUGGAAAGGUCCGGAGCUAACAGCCUCAUCAAGCUGAAGGCCACACUCAGGCUCCUGAAGUUAGAGAAAGCAGAACCAAAACCAGAGCCCAUCCCCGAACCCCAAGCCCAGCCUCAGCCCCCUCCAACACAGCUCCAGCCAGCACCUCCAGGACGCCAGCAACACCCCCAACAUUCGCCUCUCCAACCCCAGCCACAGACCACCCGACUGGGCCACGUAUCCUCAUCCACAGCUCCAGGCUCCAGCCCUCCUCCCAACGGGCUCUACCCAGCGUACUCGCCCCACCGGCGGGGCUCCGCAUGGCCCAGUGACGGGCCUCAGACAGCCCCCUCCUCGCCCUCCAUGAGGCGCUACGACUCCCACAGCCUGCUGUCAGAGAACUCCAUCGCCUCCUCGCGCAUGGACCUGGCUCAGGGACUGCCCUACCCGGAUAGCAUUCAUUCCAUGGACCUUGCCAGGGGGCUGCCCUACCCAGAGGCCCUUCGGAACCACACUGGGGGAUUUGGACAUAUCCAGAUGACAGUAAAAUAUGCCAAACUGAGGAACAAACUUGUUAUGUUGGUAAACUCGUGCAGGGACCUGUUCCCCUGCUCUGAGAAUGGCACCGACUCGUACGUGCGGGUCUACCUGCUGCCGGACCAGACAUGGAGGCACCGCAUGCGGACUCAGGUCAAGAGGAGAACAGUCAACCCUGCCUUCAAUGAGAGGUUGGAGUGUUCCGUAUCACUGGAGGAGGCCAAUACCAGGAAGCUGGACGUGUCUGUGAAGAACAACAGGAUGUUCCACCUCCGACAACGGAAAGAGAUCGGAAUGGUGAUAAUUGACUUAACUGGACGUGACCUAGUCAAGGGCUUCACAGAGUGGUUUGAACUUACCCUGCCAGAGUUGAAGAAAACCAUAUAGGUAAAGAAAAAGGAGGCUCUUUCAAAGAGUUGAACCCUCCCAAACACAGUGGCAAAACAAGUGGAGCAAGAACUUUUUUUUUUUUUUUUUAGAUGUCUUGAGGUCAAAAAGAGUUUAACUUCACUCACAACAAUACUAUGCAAAUGUUCUCAAGAGAGAUUCUUUUACUUACAGCAGGAGGCUUUUGUAUGCAUGUGUGUAUUUAAUUAAUGUAUGUUUGUAAAAAAAAGAUGUUUCAAAGCACUAUGUGGAUUGAAUGUGCGAGAAUUGUAUCAUGUAUAGGUCAAAAUGAAUAUGUAUUUUUUUUAUAUGUGUGUAUGGUCAUAGCUCUCUUACCUAACCUGUACAGUACAUGUAGAAAGAUAAAUGCAAAAGUUUGACCUUUUUCAUAAAAAACCCUACUUUAAGAAACAGCGUUCCCUAUCUGGGACAUUUUAACCCACUGAUCAGUGCUAACGAGCACUCACUGCACUAAAACUUCCAAUUACGGCAGACGGGUAUUUUUCUCUGAGAAUAGGAGGAGUUUGUGAAUAAACCUUAAAUUGUAUGUCCUUUAGCUUAGGCAUCACAUAUGUAAAAGUACAAACACCCCUUCUGACCUCAGGUGGUCAGAUGCCCUUGAAUAAAAAAGAACACAGUGUGUGAAUUUGUUUGGCCUAUUUCUGUGAUGUGAAAAAAAGAGACUGCUUACAACUGAUAUGGUGCGUAAUGUUAUGGAUUUAUUUACCAUUUUAUUACACAUGAAGGAAAGGAAAAGUUAGGCACAUUAUUGGUGUUGCACAAACAUAACCAUUAUCCUUCCUUGAAUAAUAUUUAGAAAGUAUUUUAUAUGUACACACGUUUUUGUUGUUUUUAACUUGAUGUACUAUCAUACAGUAGCAGACAUUCUUCUCUUUGGCUAUUGUGCU